AGCAGCAGCAGCAGCACAUCUCACUGCAGAGGCCAAAUGAUGCAGCAUCGUCGUAACCAGAUGCUGAAUUUAAGCGUUAAAGUUCCUCGCAAUUUCCGGCUACUUGAAGAGCUGGAGGAAGGCCAGAAAGGUGUAGGAGAUGGCACGGUGAGCUGGGGUUUGGAGGAUGAUGAGGACAUGACUCUAACACGAUGGAGAGGAGUGAUCCUCGGCCCUCCUCGGACAAGCUAUGAAAACAGGAUGUACAAUCUGAAGGUUGAAUGUGGGCCAGGAUACCCAGAGUCACCACCGUUUGUCAGAUUUGUGACAAAGAUAAACUUGAAUGGCGUUCACACCUCCAACGGUGUGGUUGACAUGCAUGCGGUGACUGCGCUGGCCAAGUGGCAGAACUCCUACAGUAUCCGGAUGGUGCUGCUGGAGCUGCGACGGCUCAUGACAUGCAAGGAGAACAUGAAGCUUCCUCAGCCACCGGAGGGCCAGAUCUACACCAACUGAGCCCCUUGCUACUUUUGCCUCCAUCUUUUCCUUCUCUCUCCCCAACCCCCCCCCCCCCCCACCACCACCACCACCACCUCC